AUGCCGUCGAAAGAGAAAAAAUCCACAGCUUCGGGAGAAACCGAAGAGCUCGAUGACGACGUGGAGGAGACGUUGCCAAAGAAGAGACACAAGACGCACAAGAAGCAGUCGACUCCUCCUGAGCCAAGUCAAAAUCAGGAGGCUGCAGUCCAAGAGAAGAAGAAAGAAAGCGGAGAGAAAGUCACAAAGAAGAAGAAAAAAGUCUCGGAGGAUGACAAGAGCACUGUGAUUGAAAAGGAGGAUGAGGAGCAAAACAACAACGAUCCAAAACCUGCUUCCAAAAAGAACAAGUCUGAGAGUCGUAAAAGCGAAGUGACCGACGAGGCCAAGGAGAAGAGGAAGAAGAAGAAGAAGCCAUCCUCCGAGGACGCCGAGGGAGCGGAGCAGAUGGGAUCCAAGAGCAAAUCCAAAGACGGGAAGAAGAAGAAAAAGUCUCACAACAACGACGACGAGGAGCCGCUUAUCGAGGAGCAAGACGGAGGCGAGGACAGCAACAAGAAGAAGAAAAAGAAGAAAAACAAAAAGGGCUCUGGAGACAGCGACGAUGACAAAAAGAAAAAGGGAAAGAAGAAAAGUAAACAGGUGGACUAUGCGGCAAUCUACCAGCAAGAGCUUCUCAACUAUCACACGGACUCCUCUGACGGCUAUGAGGAGGACUACUACAAGAAAAAAGUUUAUGAGGUGGUCGCUAUCACUGGGGAUGUGAAAGGAGCUGGGACUGACGCCAAUGUGUUUGUUACUCUGUUUGGAGAGUUUGGGGUCACGCCUAAAGUUCAUCUGGCCAGCAAAAGUCGAACGGCGUUUGAGAAGAAUAAAACUGAUGUUUUUCGCAUCAAGACUCACAACGUGGGACCUAUACAGAAGCUGAGGAUCGAGCAUGACAACACGGGGAUGAACGCCAGCUGGUUCCUGGACCGGGUUCUGGUCACGGACAUGAAUCGGCCUCAUCUGCGGUUCUACUUCGCCUGCAACAACUGGCUGAGCUUGGAAGAAGCGGACCACCUUUAUGUGAGAGACCUCCUGGGCAGCCUCAACCCCAUGGACGUCCCGAAGCGGGAGCGACGACUGGACAGUGACAAAGACAAUUUUGAACGUGGUUCUGAGGACAAAUUCACAAUUGAAUCUCCGAACUUGGGACGACUGAGGAAAAUAACGAUUGGACACAAUAACAAAGGUUCCUCAGCUGGAUGGUUUCUGGAUAAGGUGGUCAUUGACGACAUGGGGAACAAAGAAGUUUAUGAAUUUCCUGUAAAUCGGUGGUUUGCUAUGGACGAAGAUGAUGGUAAAAUACAAAGGGAUGUUUUGGUGGGAUCCCUGCAGCCAAUGGGAAUUGUCUACAACGUACAAGUGAUGACUGGCGAUGUGAGAGGCGCUGGUACCAACUCUAAGAUCCACAUGGUCAUGCACGGCACCAAAGGCAUGAAAAACAGUGGCAAGAUCUUUUUAGAAGGAGGUGCUUUUGAGCGGCGUCUCAUUGAUGUUUUCAACGUGGAGAUCUGCGAGCUCAUAAGUCCGCUAAGCAGGGUCACCAUCGGACACGACAAUGUGGCCGUUGGUGCAGGCUGGUUCUGCGAAAAGGUUGUGGUUUAUUGUCCGUUCACUGGCAUCGAACAGACCUUUCCUUGCGGGAUGUGGCUGGACGAGGACGAAGCCGACGGUCUGAUAGAAAGAGAGUUGUAUGAGAUGGUUUCUUUGAGACAGAAGAAAAUAAAAAAGUACCCUUGGUCCCUGUGGAUCUGGACGUCAGACAUAAAAGGAGCAGGAACGGACGCUCAGGUGUUUUUACAAAUAUAUGGAGAGAAUGGAAAAUCGGAUGAAGUGAAACUGGAGAACAACUCUGACAGUUUUGAACAAGGGCAGGUGGAUAAGUUCAUUGCCACUUUGCUGAAGACCCUGACGAUGGAGAAGUAUUCCUUUGAGUGUGGUCGCUGGCUGGACAUCAACGAAGACGACAAUGAGAUCGCCAGAGAGCUGUCGGCAACCGGAGAUUUAAUCGAGGAUCCUUUGCCUUUGAUAAAGUAUCGUGUCACAAUAUGCACUGGUACAGUCAGUGGUAGUGGUACGGACGCCACAGUGUUUUUAAACGUGAUCGGCGACCUCGGAGACACAGGUGAACGACCCAUGAUUAUGAGCAAAAAUAACGUCAACAAAUUUGAGAAGGGAAACCAUGACGAGUUUCUCAUUGAGGCGGUGACUUUGGGUCAAGUGCGAAGGGUCCGUGUGGGUCAUGACGGUCGCGGCGGCGGCUGUGGCUGGUUCCUCGAUAAAGUGUCGGGCUUAGGACGUAACGAGGGGAUGACUGGAAAGAUUUGUUCGAGAGCUAGUCCAGCUGGAGAAGGCGUUCGUCUAUUUAAUAUCAGUUAUCACAUCGCAAUCAAGACAGGCAGUGUGAACGGGGCCAGCUCAGACUCCAGAGUGUUUGUGAAAAUGUACGGAGAGAAGGGAGACAGUGAUAAAGUCACACUUGCUGUUUCUGACAACGAUCUGAGGAACUACUUUGAGACUGGACGUACCGAUAUCUUCACUUUGGAAACAUACGACAUCGGAAAGAUCAACCGUUUUCUAAUUGGUCACACCAACGAGGGUCUUCGUGCUGGUUGGUUUUUGGACAGCGUGCAAAUUUCUGUUCCCGCUCAUGGAAAAGAGUACAUGUUUCCCAGUCACAGGUGGCUCUGCAAAGAUGAAGCCGAUGGGAAAGUCGAGGUUGAAAUCUACCCCAGUGAGACUCUUGACAUCGAGACACUGAUCAACUAUGAAAUCACAGUCGUCACAGGAGAUGUACGAGCGGGAGGAACCAACGCCAACGUGUUUUGUCAAAUCUACGGAGAAACUGAGGCUCAAGAUGUCGGUAAGAUUUACAAGAUCCGUAUUUUCCACGACGGGAAGGGAAUAGGCAACGGCUGGUUCCUGGAGACGGUCGACAUCCGGCGUUUAACUAUGGGCCUGGUGCAGAUAGCGGUGAAAAAGGAAGACACUAAAAAAGACAAGAAGAAGGACAAGAAAAAGAAAAAGAAAGAGGAGGAUGAAUUCGAAUUUAUUGAGGAGAUGCGAGAAGUUGUGGAGACGUUUAAUUUUGUGUGUAACCGCUGGCUGGCCCGCGACGAGGAGGACAGGGAGAUUGUGGUAGAACUGCUGUCAGAAGAUAAUGAGGACCUUGAGAUGAAUUCCUACGAGGUGCAUGUUUUCACUGGGAACAUGUGGGGGGCAGGCACCGACGCCAAAGUUUACAUCAACAUUUACGGAGAGACCGGUGACACAGGGGAGCGGCACCUGAGAAAGUCCAACAAUCUGAACAAGUUUGAGAAAGGCCGGGAGGAUGUUUUCUCCAUCACCGCUGUUGAUCUGGGAGUGUUGAAGAAGCUGAGGAUAAGACAGGACAAUAGCCAGGCCAGUGCGGGCUGGUUUCUGGACAGAGUCGAAAUUAUUGACAACAAAGACGAUACAACAUACUUUUUCCCCUGUAAACGCUGGCUUGCCGUUGAUGAGGAUGACGGGCAACUUGCUCGAGAACUUGUUCCAGUUGAUGAAGCGUUUAUGAAAAAAGGGGAUGAUGAUGAGGAGGAAGACUCUGAAGCGACACUUGGUCUUGAGCAAAAGGCCAUGUCGACCACUUACGUUGUCAAAAUAAAAACGGGAGACAAAAAAUAUGCUGGAACUGACGCCAACGUGUUUAUGACGCUCUACGGCUCCAACGACGACACAGGAAUAAUAACUCUCAAAGCAUCCAAGAAUCAUAAAAACAAGUUUGAACGUGGUAUGAUCGAUGAAUUCACCGUGGAAGCCGUCGAUCUGGGACAACUUAAGAAGAUUCGAAUUGGACAUGACAAUAACGGUGGAGGUUCCGCAGGCUGGUUUCUGGACUGGGUUGACAUCGAUGCACAGUCACUGGGACAGAAACUGCGCUUCCCGUGUGGUCGCUGGUUGGACCGAGGGGAGGACGACGGCGCCAUCGUCCGGGACUUGUUUCCUAAUCCUCUACAAACAGAGACAUACACGCCAUUUGUGCCUUAUGAGAUAAAGACUUUCACCAGUGACAUAUUUGCCGCUGGCACCGACGCAGACGUCUUCAUCGUCCUGUACGGCAGAGAUGCGGUGUGCACUCAGCAGAAGUCUCUCUGUGUCAACAAAAGAGAAAGGAUAAUGUACUUUGAACGCGGCGCAGAAGACAUGUUUAUUGUUGAGCUAGAAGACGUGGGAGAUGUUAUAGAGAAAAUCCGCAUUGGACAUGAUAAUCGUGGAGUCAACCCAGGCUGGCAUCUGGACAGAGUGGAGAUUCGCAGAUUGCUAAGGAAAGGAAAGGGAUCGGAGACGGUCAUCUUCCCGUGCGAAUGCUGGCUCGCCAAAUCAGAGGACGACGGCGAGACAGUGAGAGAGCUGGUGCCCUCUGACAUCAUCACAGAGAAACUUUCACGAGACGGAAGCCUGAAAGUGACCGAGGUGGAGGUGGAGGAUGCGUUAGAGAUUCACACGUACACAGUGUCAGUGAUAACAGGUGAUGUGUACGGAGCCGGAACGGACGCCAAUGUUUUCUUGACAAUUUACGGCGACCAGGGAGACACUGGAGAGAGGAAACUCAGAAAGUCCGAGACAAACAGUAACAAGUUUGAAAGAGGAUCUGUGGACAAGUUCACUAUAGAAGCUGUGGACCUGGGGCAAGUCUUUAAGAUAAAAAUCCGCCAUGAUAACAGUAUGAUAAGCCCGGAUUGGUAUUUGGACCAGGUUGAAGUGGUGGACGUGGACACAGAGGAGGUCUUCCUGUUUCUGUGUGAACGCUGGUUAUCGAAAAAAAGAGAGGACAAGCAGAUAGAGAGAGCGUUCUAUGUUAAGGGCUUUGAGGGUGUGAGAGAAGGCCUAAACGGCAAAAAGAAACCAGUUCCAGCCGUGAAAACCAUUGACAGUAACAUGAACAAAAAUAAAAAGAAGAAAGUGGAGGAAGAGGAGGAGGAACUGCCAAGCAUACCUUAUCACAUCACCAUCUGCACCGGGCUGGAGCGAGACGCCAGCACCACCAGCAGGGCGUAUGUCAUAAUAACUGGGGCCAAUCUGAGUGUGACGGACAGACUGUGGCUCGACCUGCCAGAUGGGAGGAAGGGCUUUGAAGCCGGCUCUCUGGAGACUUUUGAGUGUCACGGAUCGGAUGUUGGAGAGAUCAAAAAGGUCGAGCUCGGCCACGACGGAGCCACUCCAGAGAGCUGUUGGCUUGUUGACGAGGCGACUGUUGCCGUGCCAACCAAAGGGGUCAAAUAUAUAUUUUCCUGUAAAUGCUGGUUGGCCAAGGACCGCGGAGACGGCCUGACCGCCAGAGUCUUCAACGUGCUGGACGCAGAGGCCAUAUCCAUCUCUCAAAAGGUCAUUUAUGAAGUUACCGUGGUUACAGGAGACGUGCAGAACGCUGGGUCCGACACAAACAUCUUCAUGUCUGUGUUUGGAAUAAACGGAAGCACCGAGGAAAUGUUACUCCAGAAAAACGAAGACAGAUUUGAACGCGGCCAAGAAGAUACUUUCAACAUGGAAAUUGAUGAUAUUGCGCCUCUGAGAAAAAUGAGAAUACGAAUCGAUGGCUUAGGGAGUCGACCGGACUGGUUUCUAGAUAAGGUGAUCAUGCGUAACCUCAAAACGGAGGAAGUGUCUGUGUUCACCUACGAAGACUGGCUCUCCAAGACCCAAGGCCCGAAGAGGACCCUGAUCUGCGAGAUGGCAGCGAUGGUGGAUGAAGAGAUGAUGGUGGAGGAGACCACUUACAUAAUACAGGUCAAAACUAGUGAUAUUUCAGGGUCUGGUACCGAUGCCAACGUGUGGAUGAUCAUUUUCGGUGAAAAUGGAGACACAGGGAUUCUGGCUCUGAAAGAAAGCAGCAAGUCCAACAAGUUUGAGCGGAAACAGGUCGACAUGUUUCGCUUCUCAGACAUCCUCAGCCUGGGAGAGCUCUCCAAAGUGCGAGUGUGGCACGAUAACUCAGGACCGGCUCCAGGAUGGCAUCUGGAGUACGUGGACGUGAAGGAUGAGCUGAUGGAUAAAACGUUCAGAUUCCCGUGUGAUCGGUGGCUCGCCAAAAACGAAGACGACGGACAAAUAAUGAGAGAGCUGGCCUGUGCCAAUAACGACUGCCUGGACCUCAGCGAGAAAACCAAGUAUGAAAUUUGUGUCACUACUGGAGACACUGACGAAGGAGAGACUAAAGAAAACGCCUGGAUCGUUCUGGAAGGACGCAAAGGCCGCUCAAAAGAAUUUGUGAUGGAGAAUUCCUCAAAGAAGAAGAGAUUUUUGAGGGGAAAUAUCGACCGAUUUGAGUUUUCAUCUAAAAAUGUUGGUGACAUUGCUGGAAUAUGCCUCGGUCACACUCCCAAAGAUGGAAAGAAAGUAAAAGUCGAGGCUUUCUGGCACGUCAUGGAGGUCGUCGUCACUGAAAAAGAGCUGGGGAAUAAGUACAUAUUCAUUUGCAACAGCCUCAUCCCACUCUCUCCAAAGAGGGACGAGUUUUUGACUUUUGAAUGCUCCAAGGCCAUUGAAAGCUUUGCCAGUAAAGCCAUGAGUCUGGUGCCGGUCAAAUACGAGAUCAUAGUGAUAACCGGCGAGGAGAAAGGAGCCGGAACAGACGCCAACGUUUUCAUCACCAUCUACGGCUCCAACGGGGACUCGGGAAAGCGGCAGCUGCGGCAAAAAUUCCGCAAUCUCUUCGAACGCGGGCAAACGGACCGGUUCCUGGUGGAGAUGCUGGACAUGGGAGAGCUGCAGAAGGUGAGAAUGGAGCACGACAACUCGGGGCUGGGACCGGGAUGGUUCCUGGACCGAGUGGAGGUCACCAACACGGCCAACGGAGUCACCACCAUCUUCCUCUGCGGGAAGUGGCUCGACACUAAGAGGGCGGACGGACAGAUUGUGCGAACCCUCUAUCCCAAAUACUAG